GCGAUUCCCAGCGACUUUUUGAGCCGCAUUAGCUACUUCUCCCAGAAAAGAGUUGGCAGCACUCUCUGGAAGUCAGUCAACUCGAUCUGGCAACCUGUUUUAUAACCAAUAGCGCGCGGGAGCAGGAGGAGUACUUAUAGCGGUGAGAUUUAAACGGUUGCCAUAGCGAUGCGCGGUGCAGCCUGUCGCGCGCUCUGACCGGAGCGAUGCCGCCGAUCCCGGGUCCGAGUGCUCGGGAAUGAUCCGCGCGCAGGGUGGCCGUGCAGGGUGAAGCUGCUGUGGAUGUGCAGGGUGGAGCGCAGGGUGCAGCGCAGGAUGCCUGGUCUGGAGAUCUUGCUGAUUGUAGCCGUGUGUCUGGUUUCUGUGGAGGAGUGCAGGAGUUACAGCCCAGCGCGUGAGAAACGCUGGACCGGAGCUGAGACCGAGAAACGGGGAGUACCUCUGGCGAAGAAGCCUCCAGAUGUGACCAAAUCCAGGAAGGUGAAAACCGAGCAGCUGCUCAGGGUCGACGAUCACGACUUCACCAUGAGGCCGGCUUUUGGAGGUCCCGCUGUUCCUGUGGGCGUCGACGUCCAGGUCGAAAGCUUGGACAGCAUUUCAGAAGUAGACAUGGACUUCACCAUGACCUUAUACCUCAGACACUACUGGAAGGACGAGCGUCUGUCCUUUGCCAGCACCACGAACAAAAGCAUGACUUUCGACGGACGCUUGGUGAAAAAGAUCUGGGUGCCCGAUGUGUUUUUUGUGCACUCGAAGAGAUCCUUCAUCCAUGACACCACCACCGAGAACAUCAUGCUGAGAGUUUUCCCAGACGGCCAUGUUCUCUACAGUCUGAGAGUGACGGUUACGGCCGCCUGUAACAUGGACUUCAGCCGCUUUCCUCUGGACUCGCAGACCUGUUCUCUAGAGCUCGAGAGUUAUGCUUACACAGAUGAAGAUCUGAUGCUGUACUGGAAGAGCGGGGACGAGUCUCUGAGCACAGAUGACAGGAUCUCCCUCUCUCAGUUCCUCAUCCAGAAGUUUCACACUACCUCUCGUCUGGCUUUCUACAGCAGCACAGGCUGGUACAACCGGCUGUACAUCAACUUCACGCUGCGGCGUCACAUCUUCUUCUUCCUGCUGCAGACGUAUUUUCCAGCCACGCUCAUGGUCAUGCUGUCCUGGGUUUCCUUUUGGAUCGACCGCAGAGCCGUGCCAGCCCGAGUUUCCCUGGGUAUCACCACGGUGCUCACUAUGUCCACUAUCAUUACCGGCGUGAACGCCUCCAUGCCCCGAGUGUCCUACAUCAAAGCUGUGGACAUUUAUCUGUGGGUCAGCUUUGUGUUUGUUUUUCUCUCCGUCCUUGAGUACGCCGCAGUCAACUAUCUUUCCACCGUACAGGACAGGAGAGAGCGCAAACUCCGAGAGCGACUCCGAGCACAGUCGUUGUCCUGCACAUGUGGCUUGCCCCACACCAGGACCAUGAUGCUGGACGGGACGUGCAGCGAGGCGGACACCAACAGCCUGGCAGGCUACACCGAUGCUCCCAUGAUGCCUCAGGAGGUGGACAAACGUGAGCACAUGGUGGUGCACCUGUCGGUCAGCAACGCCUCCACGGCUACCAAGAAGAAAGGCCUGCGCAACUUCAGCAUAAUCCAGAACACACACGUCAUCGACAAGUACUCACGCAUGAUCUUUCCAGGAUCCUACAUCUUUUUCAACCUCAUAUACUGGUCUGUUUAUUGCUGAUGCGCACAUCUGUCUGGGACAUGAAGACUCUAUGACCACGCCUGGUCAGUUUUAGUCUUGACGUUUAAGACUGGCACUCACCCAUGUCAGGUUACACUCUUAAAAUAUAAGUGAGAUGAAUUUCAAUGCUGAAAUCUAUCCUUUCACCUUUGGAUUAUUAUUUGUUUUUCCCCUGUUUCCUACUUUCUAGAUAUUUUUUUCUACUUUUGGCCAUUCCAGCGCCGCCCUGCACACGCCCCCACACCAUUUUUGCCCAAUUGUUUAAUUUUAUUGUCGUACGUCGUCUCUUUAGCUGCAGAACCAAAAGUCUAAGGGGUGGAGCUGGACUUCAUCCAACUCCUCCUACAAGCGAACCCCUCUUCCUAACACACACCAUGCUGUACGACACAAAACGACACACUUACACUUAUCCAGUCUGAAACACGUGAAAUGUCUCCAUUUCCAGGAUUUAAGCUUGGCUCCACCCGGGUAGGAGGAGCUAAAUCAGGUCUGACUCCACCCCAGGAGCUUUGGUCUGCGUCUGGGUCUUAACAUGAUUAAAUAUAUCAAUAUUACAAAAUUCAUCUAUUAAUUAUUUUGUCUCUAUAAAGUGCAAGAAAAGAAAGAGAUCAGAGGAGACAGAAUCAGCGCUGAAAGCUUUGUGAUUUCAUGACCUCGAUUUAAUACAGUAUUUUGUGACUCUGGUAAGUUUUGGGCAGCUCAGCUAGCUGCCAGUGUACAAUAUAAAAAGAUCAAAUGCUAAAUAAUAGCAUGUGCUGGAUCGAGCGCUAUUUUAAUAAUGGCUGCCGAAUAAUGAGGGUGGAAGCCAUUUUGUUCAAUUGACCCAAUAUACUGGCACUAUACUAAACUCCUAUUAGAGGUUUCCUGUCUUCUCAUUCACGUACCAUUGUAUUAGUUUCAUUUUUUCUUUCUUUCCAUUUUUCAUUCUUAAAUGUCUCAUGCUUUUAUGUUACACCGUAUAACAUUGACGGCAAGUCUCACAACCUUGGAGGCACGAACUACACGCCGGAAAUUUAGGUAAUCAAAAGCAGCUGCGUAACCCGAUCCUGAAUAUGUGGAACUUUCUCUGUGUAAAUAUUGAUGUAACCUUUGGACUUUUAUGGGUCUAAAAAAAUAUCUAAGAAGAAAGUACCCAGAAAAAUACAGAGACGAUUGAAGUGUCGAAUAAAAUACUGUACUAAAAGACGUUCCAUAAAGUUAAGAAAUUAAGAGAGUCCAUCUUUCCUAUGAACAUCAAAUCAGGUUGCCUGAUCUUGUCAAAUUUAAGCUACACGACGUUUUUCUUUUUUUGUACAGUAACAAUUUUCUCCGAUGUGAAAUGAUACAUAAGAGCUCCGAUCCACUGAUGAAACAUAACACACGACUUACAUACAGGUGUGUGAUUGUGUACACAGCUGUAAACUGUUUCAUUUUAUCUGAACGAUUUCCUUACACCUUGCCAGGUGCAACUUAAUUUAUUUCUUGUAUUUCUUAUCAGAUGUUGUUGGAGCGUUUGUGUAAAUUCUUGUUAGUAUAAGAGAUGGAUCG